UUAAAUCCAAACUACAAGGCAGCUAUUGCAGCUCUCAAUGCGCUCAGUCGACAGGACCUGGAUGAAGUAAAAAGUUUCAGAGAGCCACCAGAACUUGUGAAAUAUGUUGUUAACUCUCUUUGUCUGCUUUUCAACAAAACACAAGAUUGGGAGAAUGGCAAAUUAUUACUUACACGAGAAAACUUUAUACAGGAAUUGAUAUUCUAUGACAAAGACAAUAUACCUGAAGGUAUGUUUGUGGAACUAUCAAGACUUGUCAAAAAUCCAAUGUUUCAACCAGAUCUGGUGAGAUCUGUGAGUCUUGCAGCCGCUGGAAUUUGUUCCUGGGUUCAUUCAGUGCAGAAAUACUCGGACAUCCACAGAAACAUGCAGCCACGACUGAAAAAUCUGAUGGAACAGGAAGAAAAAUUCACAAGGGCUCAAGCAAAACUCGGCCAGUUAAGAGUAGAUGCUAACAGAAUAAAGAGCGGUUUAGAAAGAAAGAUUCAGGCUCAUAGAGCAGCUGUAAAGAGAGCCAAGACAAUCCUUAAACAGAUGCAGAACAUAGAGAGGAAGAUAUCUAGAGCUGUAAAUCUGAUGGAGAACAUGUCAAUGCAACACUACAUUGGUGGAAGUCUUGAACUUCGUAAAGCCAAGCACCAGAUCUUUACAGCUCCUGGAGACGCAUUAAUCACCGCAGCAUGUGUCUGCUACCAGGGACCUCUCACUGACAAAACUCGGUCCCAGCUCCUACAGGACUGGUUAGAUAGGUGUAAACAGGGUAACUUUAAAUUACCAAAAAUUUGUAGGACAAGAUGUCUACCAGCUUGGUAAUGGUAUAGAAGGUUUGGUUUGGAUUUGAGUCUCAGAAAGAUCGUUGACUCUAUAAGUGAAGUUUCAAGUUCUCAGACAGGAAAGUCCAAAGUGCCUCUCUAUCCUUGAUGGCGGACUGUUUCCUCUUCCCAGAGGUUAGGACGUUAUAAAUACCAGCCUGUUGUAUAUGAUACCAGUAAAUAUUACAAGUCAGAGCUGAAACGUCACGGGAGUGUUGAGUACGAGCCAACUAGUGCCGAUGAUGAUGAUUCCGAUGAUGAAGCCGAGCAGAGUCCUCUCCUAACACGCGAAUCGUACUCUCUACAAGAAAUUCUUAGUGACUUUGAUGAACUUAGUAAGUGGCGACUUGAGGGACUUCCAACUGAUUUACACUCAGUUCAGAAUGCUUUACUUAUGAGAGUGAGUUGUUACAACAGGAAAUAUUGCUGGCCUUUAUUGAUUGAUCCAGACAACCAGGCAGAGACAUGGGUGAAGGCCAUACAAAUGAGUGGCAACAUUUUCUCAGAGAAAGAUGUUAGAGAUGGAGAUGAUAAUGACACUGAAGAUCUUCCACAAUUACCGUCAGCUGAUGACAAAGUAGAAGAGGGGUCAACACCCUGUCCUCCAAGUCGUGGUACAGGUGUCACUUUCUCAGAAUAUUCUGUGGAUUAUUCUCAAGAUGGUGCAAUGACUCGACGUACCAGUAGCACAUCUAACACAUUAACUACCAACACUGGAACAGAUUUCACUAAACGAUCACAUUCUCGCAAUACAUGGGAGAGUGAGCAGUUACGUCCAGUAACCUCGGUGACAGCUAGUUGGGAAAUGUAUAGUUUACAUCCAGAUCAGUCUAUAGAACAUCCCAAAGAUAAUCUGUGGAUUAUAGAGGCAGAUGAUCCAUUACUUGACAGCAGACUUAUAAAUGCUAUAGUACAUGGGGUGACAGUAUUGAUUACCCACCUAGAAAGAAAGCCUAUUGACCCCCUGUUUCGAGGCUUACUCCUCAAACAUUUCUACGUUGAUAAAGAUGGUAACAAAGUUGUCAGGGUCGGUAGUUACGAGUUCCGGUAUCAUCCAGAUUUCUGUCUUUAUCUGAGUACUUCGGUCCCACUAUUCCUGAAAGGUGAUGGGCUACACAAUAUUCCGCUACACAGAAUGUGUAUCAUCAAUAUGUCAUUCAGUGAUGAGGCAAUCAUCAACUUCCUGCUACACGAAACUAUGAAAGUUGAACGGAAAGAAUUUGAAGGUCAAAAGAGGUCAAAUGAAAAUGAUAUUAUACAGCAUAGAAGAAAGUUGGCUCAAGAACAUGAAAUGAUCAGAGAGAAGACAUUGAAUCUUUUUGGACCAAUCCUUGAAGACCAGACCAUGCUAGACUCGCUAAUAAAUUGUCAGAAAGAGGUUGAACGUAACAAGAUCAUCCUAGAGGAGACUCGGUACAUGGGCGACCAUCUAGAGGAGAAGUUCUCUCAUUAUGUUCCUAUGAUCAUGCAGGCGGCCAUGUUAUAUAACAUGAUUCAGAGAAUGUUUGUCCUACAUUCCUACUAUUAUAUGCCAUUCUACAAGUUUGUUGAGAUGUUUACAGCAGUCAUCAAGUCUAGAGAUCGAGGAAAAGGAACAACUGGUGCGCCUGCAUCACGAGCAAAGGAACUAUCUGAUGCGGUGUAUACCAACAUCUUCAAGUUUGUGUCUAUGAUGAUGUUUGAGCAGCACUUCCUGUUACUUCAACUUCUUGUAGCUCUAGAAAGACUCAGACUCGGCAAGAAGGCCUCGGCCAAGGAACUUGGUAUCUUUUUGAACGGUUUUGACAAGCAGGGCCUUGAGGAAGCUUCCUUGCUUGAACAGAAACCAGACUGGAUGGAGGCUCAAGCCUGGAUUGAUUGUUUGAUACUGGAGCAGGUUCACCAUGCCUUCCAUGGUCUAAGGAAGUCACUGAUAGCUAACAAUGAGCAGUGGAAGGAGUACUUUGAGCAUCCAGUCUCUCUGAUGAACACUGUGCCUGGUAUGACCAUGCAAGACCUCUUUAUCUUCCAGAAAUGUAUUUUGUGGAAGUUUGCUGCUCCUGAAAGGUUAUCUGAGGUGGCUCAAGCUCUUAUAUUAUAUGAGCUAGGAAGUAUUCGUACAGUACCUGACCACUAUAACAUCAAGGAGGUGUACAACUUCACCUCUAACACAACACCAGUUGUAUUUGUACUUCCUAAUGAUCUUCACGAUGUAGAAGUGUCAGAAGGAACUAAAGGCAUCCCAUAUGUAAGUCCUUCACAUGAGGUGAAACGUCUUGCCAAGGAGGUUGGUAUGGAGGGUAAGGUCAAGGUCAUGAACUUUGGGGUUGAUGGUCAGGUGGCAGAGGUCAAGCAUGCUGUAGAAGAUUGUAUGCAGACUGGUUACUGGCUUCUGUUACAGAACUAUCAUCUAGCAGAGGAACCAGAACAAGAAUUCUUCCAACUUCUGAAAGACAUUGUGUACACAAAAUGGGUAAAGAAUGAUCAGUUACGUGAACAGACAUCUAUACCAGAUGACUCCACUUCCCUCAUUACUUUCUCUAAGACAACUAAUCAAUCAGGUGUCAUGUGUAUUAACAACACAUUCCGUCUUUGGAUCACAACACAGUCAGAUAGGGGCAGACUUAUACCAGGAGUUCUGGUUCAGCAUGGCAUCAAAGUGACAGCAGAAAGUACUGGUAACUUCAAGUCUACAUUACAGAAAGCUUACAGAUCUGUUGCAUUCCUCCUGAAUAACUUCCAUCUCUCACCAGACGAGACACCAAGUGACAAGACGGCCAGGAUUAUGCCCCUUGCUCUUCUACAUUCUAUACUGCUACAACAAAGUUACUAUGGCAACACAGUAUUCCAUGAGAGAACAUCAUUGGUCACUUACAGAUCUUGCAAUGGCA